AUGACACUCAGCCAGACCCCUCAAGUAGUGACUAUCGACGCUUCCGAGCCAGUCGAAAAGAUCCACGAGAUCAUCGCACGAGACGGUGGUGUCAUUGUCUCCAACCUCUUCUCCCCCGAGCUGCUCAAAGAGACCGAGGACGCCCUCAAGCCCUGGUUCGACAAGCGGGAGGGUUCUUCUCGGAUCUACGGUCUCUUGGGUAAAGUCCCAGAGCCCACCAUCAAGGCUCUGCGAUUGCCCAUUUGGCAGAGUGUGAUGGCAAUGCUUCUCAACGACGAGUACUUUUCCUAUGUUGGCGACAAACACCUUCCCCAGAAGAGUUGA